GGAAAGCUGAAGGUUUUAAUAGUGUAGUAGGUGAUCGAAAGGAUACACAGAAAAAGUGAUAUUUUGCUGUUGGAUAAACCGUAACCAUGCCAUACGAUGAGCAUUCGAUUAGGAAAAUGCUCCCUAAGACAUAUCUUUGCAAACUUGUGGCCCAUGAAAUAUACUUUGCAGUGAGUCACUUCAACAACCUUGUGCCCAUGAUGGAUAAAUACGUUUACAAUGAUGGAACCACGAAGGACUUGAUGAGUCUAACCGGAACCAUCCCUGUCAUGAUUGAAGACAAGACAUACAACAUACCGAUAUGCCUGUGGAUUGAAGAAAGCUAUCCACAAACUGCUCCCAUCUGCUAUGUCACACCCACACGUGAGAUGAUAGUCCUCAGUGGAAAGUAUAUCUCCAGCAAUGGUGAAGUUUUGCUGCCUUACCUGGAGGAGUGGAAGAUGGGCGAAUGUGACCUAGUGAGCGUGCUGCAGGUAAUGGUUGCCAUGUUUGGCGACUUCCCUCCUGUAUGCAUGCAGCCUCAUCCAGAGCACGAACAAGCCCCUCGUUGGCUACACUUCCACAGGCAAGCAGAGGUGCUUUCAAAGACAGAUGGAAGUUUGUAUCUGCAUUUAACCAGAGAAGAUGGUCUACCUUUCCAAGAACAUGACACAAACUGUUAGUCUUUUGUAGAAUUUCACAAUAUUUUUGUUUGUGUGUUAACUGUGAUGAAGUGUUUAAUUGUGUGGACAGUGUCAGGUGGUAUUCAUUGAUUAUGUUAUGGUUAAUUAAUUAAUCAUUUCAUGGAUAACAACAGGCUUUAUUUCUAUUUUUCAACUGAUAUUUAGACUGUAAAUGUAAACCAGCACCUGAUGAAAACAUAUUAGCUGUGUUUGGUGUGAAUAUAUUGUAUUCUUCUUAUCUGUUUUUCAUAUGAACAUAACAAACUAGUUUGUCAUUUCAAUGCCUCGGCGUUAAAAGACUUGAAUUGAUUUGCAAGCAGCUCAUAAAUCUGUAUCUUAACCGCACCCAAAGGCAUGGGCUGUUUUAUUAUUCACAAAUGUUUUGGACUUUUGACCGGUGAAAAGAGAAGUUAAUCAUUCGAAGAACAAACACACAGC